AGGGGUGUGAUGCGCAUGCGCCGGGGAGUCCACAGCUGGAGUGUGAGUCUGGCCAGCAUGGGGAUCAAGGAACAUGUGGAUUCGAUACAAAAGUCUGAGGAAGACCAGCGGGAGUAUCGAGCUCUUGUGCUCGAUAAUGACUUGAAAGUGCUGCUCAUCUCAGACCCUGCGACAGACAAGUCUGCCGCAGCUCUUGAUGUUCAUGUUGGUAGCAUGUCGGACCCAAGGGAGUUGCCGGGGUUGGCUCAUUUCUGUGAACACAUGCUGUUCAUGGGCACAGAAAAAUAUCCCUGUGAAAAUGAAUACAACAAGUACUUGUCUGAGCAUGGAGGAUCUAGCAAUGCCUACACUGCUGCUGAUCACACUAAUUACUACUUUGAUGUUGCUCCCGAUGCCUUUGCAGGUGCAUUAGACAGAUUUUCCCAGUUCUUUGUGACACCAUUAUUUACAGAAAGUGCAGGUCGUGAAGUAAAUGCAGUUAAUUCUGAGCCCGAGAAAAACAUUCAGAAUGAUUACUGGAGAUUCGCACAGCUUGAGAAGUCCCAGCUGACCCAACAUGAUUUCAGCAAGUUUGGUACAGAAAGCUUAGAUGAGCUUGAAGCUAUGGUGCUGGAGCUGUUCACUGGGGUGGAGAAUAAGGCUGUGACUGUGCCUGGUGGUUGA